AUGCAGACAAAAUCGCUGGUAACCAGAGGUUGGGCCAUUUUCAUUGGGGUAUCUACUUUGUUUUCUGCCGGUCCUCUACUUACUACCUUCGAAAACUAUACUCCGCCAAUCUCUGCUGAAAUGGAGGGCUCAAAAUCCGCGGUGAGCGAGACAGCGCUUCUUGUCCCUUGCCACAACUCAGAAUCUGUGAUAGGCAGAACCCUCAAGGCUGCAUUGGAAGUCUUCCCAUCAUCUCAUAUCUUUGUCAUCGCCAACGGAGACUCUUUGACCCCAACGGACAAGACGAAAAACGUGUGUGAUAGGUAUGGCGUCAAUUUUAUCUGGUGUCCAGUCGGUUCUAAAGCAGCUGCUCUCUUUGUUGGCUGCCAUGCUGCCAGGAUGUUUCGAUACGUGUUCCUCAUUGACGAUGACUGCCUCCUUCCACCAGAUGUACCAAUAGUGGUGUCCAAACUUACUGAUAGAGUCCGAUGUAUUGGUUACACGAUAACAUCAGUCAGUGCUUGUGGAUCAAUUGGUUCUUACUGUCAGCAGGCCCAGGAUCUCGAAUACAAGAUCUCUGGACUACAAAAAAUAUUGGCAGGUCGAGUUGGUAGUGCCCUAUUCCCCCAUGGAGCUGUGUCUUUAUGGGACAGACGCUUCCUCAAAAAAACAUUCAAGCACCACCCGGGAUUCUCCAUCAGUGAGGACUGGUUCCAAGGCAAUAGCUGUCGAGCUCUCGGGGGAAGAAUAAAGAUGUGCAGUGCGGUCUUCAUUGCGACAAGCACACCCUCAGCUCUGUUUCGACUUGGCAAUCGUCAAAAACGAGGUGGGUUUGGGGAGACCACUGUUUUUCAACAAAGGUUCUCAAGAUGGAAUUUUCUAUUUGCAGGCGAAAUAUGGUGCAACUUGAAAUACAUACUCUUGUCUUGGAAGAUGGGAUGGCGGGAUCUGACCACCAAAAUUUUCGUGAUUCAUCAAUUAUAUGUCAACGCCAAAUUUACAUGCCCACUGAUCCAUAUUGCAACGCAACAGAUGACCGAAAUUUUCCUGAAUCUCGCCAUGCCAUUCGUAUUGCCGAUAUCAUUCUAUUCCCAGCCCUUGAAUUGCUGCGCACUCAGUGCGUUAACGGUUGUCUUGCAUUUGCUGAUUGUCGUCAUUUUCAACUUUUAUCACCUGAAGGCAAAGAGUGCUAGCAUCCAAUGGAGAGUUGUUUUGGGCUACUAUAUUCCUUUCAAAAUAUUUCUUAUCUUGACGAAUGUUGCCAGUUUCUACUGGGCAGUCUUUCAAUAUGGCAGGCUACCUGAAAACCAUAAAGCCGUUGCUACUAUCAUAAAGCUUGAGAAUAUAGCAGCUUUGAAGCCCGGUAUUGAUCAAGGCGAUGAUGGGAAAAUGGAGCCAAGCAAAAGCUCUUUCAAAGCGAACAUAACACCUGAAGCGCCAGGUGAUAUAGUAUAG